AAAGUCGGAAGUAAACUGCCUGUGAGUUGCCCACAUGGCGAAAAUGGCUGCGAAUGGGGUAAAACAACAGGGCCACAGACCCGGCAUACAUAAACAGAAAAACAAAGAACACAAACAUGGCAAGCACCGGACGAAAGGUGAAAUCGAGAGAGAAAACAAAGGGAGAGUGUCAGUGACAGCACUUACCAAAAAACAGAGGAAGGAGCAAAAGAAGAUGGACAGAAGGCACAAAGCCAACCAGCUGCGCAGGAAUAAGAAAGACAUGGUUCUGACAGAGAAGCGACGUCUAGGCAGCAGGGACGGUCCUCCUCAUUUGGUUGUUGUGGUGUCUCUCCACGCUGGAGUCGAUGCUGGUGCUGUUACCAAACUUCUCCGUGGUGAGGGUGCUGGAGGUGUGGUACAUCAGGACCGGUGCAUCAGUGGCGUCAGUGACAGCUUUGGGCUGAUUCUGCCACGCUUUAAACAAAGGUUCACCUUUUUAAGCCACAGCACAGCUGACAUGCACUCCCUGCUGGACAUGGCAAAGACUGCAGAUAGUCUUGUAUUUGUACUGGACUCUACUGAAGGCUGGGACAGCUAUGGAGACUACUGUCUGUCCUGCCUUUUUGCCCAGGGCCUCCCCAGCCAUGCACUGGUGUGUCAGGGUGUGUCUGAUCUUCCUGUGAAGAAGAGGGUCGAGUCCAGGAGAGCUCUGUCAAAGAUCACAGAGGUCCGUUUCCCUGAUGCCCGUCUCUUCCCUCUGGAUUCAGAGCAGGAUGCCACUCUACUUCUCAGACACCUGGGCACUCAGAGACAGAGAAAGCUUGGUUUCCGCUCCAGACGUUCCCAUCUUUUGUGUCAGCAUGUCACUUUUACACCCAACAGCCCUGCUGAGGGGACAGGGGGUGGACCCACUGGCCUAGGUACUCUGUGCGUCUCUGGCUAUGUCCGUGGCCGUCCUCUUCGAGUUGACAGACUGGUGCACAUCUGUGGACACGGAGACUUUCAGCUUAGUCAGAUUGAUGCACCAUCAGACCCUCUUCCCCUCAACUUAACUUCCAGACCAGCAAAGCCUGGCAAGGGCGGAGAUGUUGAAAUGCUGGAUGGAGGUGAAGAUGAGGCUCCGGUGCGGGUGCUCAUGAAAGCAGACCCAUCCUGCAGGGAGAGUCUGCAAACUGAGGCUGAGGUGGAUCCCAUGGAUGGAGAGCAGACGUGGCCAACUGAAACAGAGCUGCUGGAAGCUGAAGAGGCCAGGAAGAACAAACGUGUAAUGAAGGUUCCCAAAGGAACAUCAGACUACCAGGCCACGUGGAUUGUUGAUGAAGAUGAGGAGGAGAAUGGAGAGAUGUAUGAAGAAAGCAGUGAUGACGAUGGCGAUGACAUGAUGGAUGAGGCCAUGGAUGGCGAGGAUGAGGAGAAUAAUUCUCAGGACGCUAGUUCAUGUUGUGGUUCAGAAGAGGAAGAAGAGGAGGAGGAGGAGGAGGAGGAGGAGGAAGAGGUGUGCUCCACAGAGCGAGCUGGACCAGAUCAUCGCUAUGACGAACACAUGGAUGAGGCUGCAGAGGAAGAAGGCCUGAAACGCUACCGUGAAGCUCGAGCCAAUGAAAUGUUUCCAGAUGAGGUGGAUACACCCCUCGACACGCCGGCUAGAAUCAGGUUUCAGCGCUAUAGAGGCCUAAAAAGUUUCCGCUCCUCACCGUGGGAUCCCAUGGAGAACUUGCCUCUCAACUACUCGCGCAUCUUCCAGUUCCAGAACUUUGAACGCACUCGCCACCGCAUUCUGGCUGAGGCUGCAGCCGACGAAGAGGGAGCCAUGGUGGGCUGGUAUGUUACACUGCACAUCAUUGACGUCCCCUUUUCUGUGAUGGAGAGCGUCCAGUCUGGCAAACCUCUGGUGUUGGUGUCCCUCUUGCCCCAUGAACAGAAGAUGUCAGUGAUGCAUGUCUUGGUGAGGAGACACCCCAGCAACACAGAGCCAAUCAAAUCUAAAGAGGAGCUGGUGUUCCACUGUGGAUUUCGGAGGUUCAGGGCCUCUCCCAUCUUCUCUCAGCACACCUCAGCUGACAAGCAUAAGAUGGAGCGCUUCCUCAGGCCAGAUGCCCCCACCGUUGUGUCAGUGUAUGCUCCUAUCACCUUCUCACCCGCAGGAGUCCUGCUUUUCAAACAAAGGAAUGACGGCAUCCAGGACCUGGUGGCUACAGGCAGUUUGCUCAGCUGUGACCCUCAGCGUAUUGUGCUGAAGAGGAUUGUACUGAGCGGACACCCGUUCAAAAUUAACAGGCGCUCUGCAGUUGUCCGUUACAUGUUCUUUAACAGGGAUGAUAUCAUGUGGUUUAAGCCAGUGGAGCUGCGGACAAAGUGGGGUCGGAGAGGCCACAUCAAAGAGGCUUUAGGCACACAUGGUCACAUGAAGUGUGUAUUUGAUAAUCAGCUGCGCUCUCAAGACACUGUCCUGAUAAAUUUGUACAAGAGAGUUUAUCCUCGCUGGACAUACGACCCCUAUGUGCCAUUGCCUUUACCCUGGGUCAAGAGAGAGGGCACUGUGGAGAUGGACGACUUGGACAUGGAAUAGUGGAAGGACAACAUGACAGUGCAAGAAAGACACAGGACAUGUAUUAACAGAAAUACUUUACAUCAGCUUGGCUGCGUGUCAUUUUCACAAAGUGUAAUAAAUAAAACUAUUGUGAUCUAAAGUAUCUCUCCUUUCUCCUGAGCCACCUUGUUCCAUUUUUGCUUUAUAGCCUCUAACUUGCUGCUGAGUCUGCUUUGGCCACUAGAUGGCAGUGAUGAAUAAGUAUUAAUA